UGCUGAGCUCUCAUUGGGCGUCGUAGCACUGCCUCCCGAGUUCAUUUAUGUGCAGGGAAUGAGUGAUUGACUUUAUCAGUCCAAGGACAUCAUUCGUCUGGAAAGGGGGGGAAGUUUGAUCCUCUUUUUCGAGGAUCACAGUUACGGGAGUUUUUCACUCUCUUCUGUAAGCUAAGGAUUGUUUUUUCGGUGUUUUGUUUUUCUACCCUUGAAUUUUUAUUUUCCGCUCCAACGCACAGAAAUCGCGGGUUCCCCACAUUCGCCUUUAGCGCGAGCUCCACUAACCUGGGGUUCCGUUAUUUUUUGUUUUCGUUUUCUACGUUCGAUUGAGCCCAAUGACUAUGCUCCUUGACAGCGGUCCGCAGUUCCCAUCGCUAGGAGUAGGGGGGUUCGGAACACCGCGGCACCAUGAUUUAGGGAACAGAGACCCGGGUUUGGGACUCAAUCCCUUCGCUGAUUCAUCCCACUCCGCAGCUUUCAAACUUAGCCCGGUGGCUCACGAUAUAGCCUCCAGCCAGACUUCAGCUUUUACCCCGCAAGCCAGUGGAUAUGCAGCUGCCCUGGGACACCAUCACGGGGGCCAGGUGGGUUCGUACAGCGGUGGACCAUUCAAUUCAACCCGGGACUUUCUAUUCAGAAACCGUGGGGUUGGAGAUUCCGCUGCAUCGAGCGCCCAGCAUGGGAUCUUUGCGGCUUCUGCAGGGAGCCUGCACGGACCUCCUGGCAUCUCCGAUAACCCAGGGCAUCUGUUGUUUUCAGGGCUCCAUGACCAGGGCGUGAGUCACACUUCGCCAAGCGGACAUGUAGUUAACGGUCAAAUGCACCUUGGUUUACGGGGGGACAUUUUUGGAAGACCCGAUCCAUACCGUCCGGUCGCCAGCCCUCGAACGGACCCCUACGGCGCUCAGCUCCACAACUAUAACCACCCCAUGGGGAUGAAUAUGGGGAUGAAUGUGCCGACCCACCACGGUCCUGGGGCCUUCUUUCGAUACAUGAGGCAACCCAUAAAGCAAGAAAUGUCCUGUAAAUGGAUAGAUGAGAACCAGAUGAACCGACCCAAAAAGACUUGCGAAAGGACAUUCAGCACAAUGCACGAAAUGGUGACGCACGUCUCAAUGGAACACGUUGGCGGCCCGGAGCAAAGUAACCACAUUUGCUUUUGGGAGGACUGUCCGAGAGAGGGGAAAUCUUUUAAGGCCAAGUACAAACUAGUGAACCAUAUUCGAGUGCAUACUGGAGAGAAACCAUUCCCCUGUCCAUUCCCCGGCUGCGGGAAAAUAUUCGCUAGGUCGGAAAAUCUGAAAAUUCACAAAAGAACACAUACAGGUGAGAAGCCGUUCAAGUGCGAAUUCGACGGCUGCGACAGACGCUUCGCCAACAGCAGUGACAGGAAAAAGCACAUGCACGUGCACACUUCUGACAAGCCGUACAUCUGCAAAGUGUGCGACAAGUCCUACACACACCCCAGCUCUCUCAGGAAACACAUGAAGGUACACGAGUCUCAAGGUUCUGAAUCGUCUCCAGCAGCAAGUUCUGGAUACGAGUCGUCCACACCACCAGUUCUUGUCUCAGCGAACACUGAAGACCCGACAAAAACACCACCGUCAGCCGUGCAAAAUACGUCUGGGCACAGCGACGGACUGCCACCCAACUUUAAUGAAUGGUACGUUUGAAGUCAGAAGCAGGCUCUAAAUGUGGACCAAGAGGUUAAGGAAACCUCAAUAACUACUCACACCAAGGUGUACACAAAAUGGGAUUCGAACAACACGAGGAGAUGCGAGCAAGCCAGCAGUAGCAGGCCUCGUCCAUUCUCAGGAUUCGAAAUUUGACUUUUAUUCCGAGUUCGAAGAAAACAGAUAAAUAAUAAAUAAUGAAAUAAUACUUUCUAAGAAUAAAUAAAAUGUUUUUCCUUUUUUUAGUUUACAGAUUUCAAAUAAUUUUAUUUUUCAUUUUAUGUAUUUUCUCAAAAUUUUAUUUAAAAAUAAAGGAAAGAAGGAAGAAUAUUUCACGGUGUUUUAUAUAAUGGUGACUCACUGUCGCCUUUCAAUUGAUUGUUAAAACUUCAGACAGUCUUAAGAAACGUGCCAAAGUCUUUGUCUUGAACUUGAACAAAAAAUAAAUGAAUAAAUAUAUACUCGUGAAUGUAUUUCCUUGUUUUGAUGGGGUCGAAUCUGUUGUCAACGUCCGUUUUCAGGUGGAGAAAUGUGGUUACGAUUGUUACCGUUGAAUAUAACGUUGCCUUGUGUUAAUAACGUUGUAAAUACAUAUCCAUGAUGCCAUAUUUAUCAAUUUGUAAUUUAAUUAUGGGUAUAAGUUCUGAAACUUAAAUGAUAUUUAUGGAAAUGUUUUCUAACAAGACUGUAGGCCAUCAGUUUUGGGUCAUAACCAGCUUAACAUUAAACAAAAUGAUCAACUCUAAAGUUCCAAUAUUGCGAUUGUAUCUUUUUUUAACCAAUAUAUGUGUCUUAUUUGGAUCUAUAGUCUAUUUACAUAUUAUGGAUUUGCCUAUAUGAUGCAGAUUUUUCCGUGACUUACUUUUUUUUAGCUUGUGAGACAUUUGACAUGUAAAUCAUAAAUUCUGUAAAUCUGAAUUGUAAUCAGUUGAGUUGGAAACCUAUAUAAAACGGUUCUGUUAAUAUCCUUUCGGUCAAAUUAACUUUUUGUGCAUUUUCCUUUAAUAGAAUCAGAUAGAGUUCACUUGUAGCAUAAUUUCAAUACACUCCAUCAGCCAUUACACUUGUCAGAUGUUAUACCUAGUUCAUGAAUUCCAAACCAAGGUGACAGUAUUUUGAGUAUUUCAAAUUCGGGUCAAAUACCCAAACAUACGAGCCAGUAUGGCAGUCCUUUAUAGUUCCAACAAUGUCUUUGUGCAAGUAUGUUUAAAUGUGUGCAUCGGCAAACAAUGGAACUGUCACAACACAGUAUCUUCAAAAUAAAAGUUUUUUUGUCUGUCA